AGUCGGGCAGGGAGCCGGGUGACUUCAGAGGCGCCUGCCUGUCCCCCGCCGCACCUGAGCCACCGCGAUGCUAUAGGACCGCCGCCUGGACCGUUAUCCGCCCGCGCCCGCCCGCAGCCACCAUGCCGCGCUCCUUCCUGGUCAAGAAACAUUUCAACGCCUCCAAGAAGCCCAACUACAGCGAACUGGACACACACACAGUUAUUAUUUCCCCAUAUCUCUAUGAAAGUUACCCUAUACCUGUCAUACCAAAACCAGAGAUCCUCACCUCGGGAGCAUACAGCCCUAUUACUGUAUGGACAUCGUCGGCAGCUCCACUCCACUCUCCUUUACCCAGUGGCCUUUCUCCUCUUACUGGAUACUCCUCAUCCUUGGGGCGUGUAAGUCCCCCGCCUUCCUCUGACACUUCAUCCAAGGAUCACAGUGGUUCAGAAAGUCCCAUUAGUGACGAAGAGGAGAGACUGCAGCCCAAGCUUUCAGACCCCCAUGCCAUCGAAGCUGAGAAGUUUCAGUGCAAUUUAUGCAAUAAGACCUAUUCUACGUUCUCUGGGCUGGCCAAACACAAGCAGCUGCACUGUGAUGCCCAGUCUAGGAAAUCGUUCAGCUGCAAGUACUGUGACAAGGAAUAUGUGAGCCUGGGUGCCCUGAAGAUGCACAUUCGAACCCACACAUUGCCUUGUGUCUGCAAGAUCUGUGGCAAGGCUUUCUCCAGACCCUGGCUGCUUCAAGGACACAUUAGAACUCACACUGGGGAAAAGCCUUUCUCUUGCCCUCACUGCAAUAGGGCUUUUGCAGACAGAUCAAACCUGAGGGCACAUCUGCAGACCCACUCUGAUGUAAAGAAAUACCAGUGCAAAAACUGCUCCAAAACCUUCUCCAGAAUGUCGCUUCUGCAUAAACAUGAGGAGUCUGGCUGCUGUGUGGCACACUGAGUGGCGCAACCAGUGUUUACUCAAACAGAAUGCAUUUCUUCACUCCAAUGACAAAUGACAAAUGAAAGUCCAAAGACAUUUUCUCAUGUGCUUACCAACCAAAUAGUAUGUAUAAAACCACAAAAGAGUCACACACACACACACACACACACACACACACACACACACAGAGAGAGAGAGAGAGAGAGAGAGAGAGACAGACAGACAGACAGACAGAUACACACACACUACAGAACAGAAUCUAUGUACUUAAAGUUAAUUCGUUCUAUGUGAAGUUUAAAAUUAUAUUUACUGACAGCUAGAUUGAAAGGAUAAAAGAUAAGAAUCUUUCUCUUUAAAGAUGAAGUGAAAAGCACAUUGCAUCUUUUCUUACUAAGAAAGAAUACAGAGAUUUACACUGCUGCCAAACCAUUUCAACCAAAGGAACAGUAUUUCUUCUUAAUAGAAUUGUAAUAGUGUUUCCAAGAGGAAGAGAGUCUGCCAGACACUAUCUCAGGUGCCUUAUAAAGUACUCCAAGUUUACUUCCUUAAAUGUAUGAUGCCUGGUUGUCAUCAGUGAAUGACAGCCUUUUCUGGAUUACCUACAAUGUUUUAAAACUAUAUUGUUAAGAGAAAAAAAACCAAAAACAAGAAAAAGAACAGAACACAAGAGAAUGUAUUAAAGUAUUCUUGUUUUAUUUUUGCCAUGUGUGCCUUGGAAGAGGAGGGAAAGACAAACUUCAAACAUUCCUGGUGCGUGUCCCAUGUCUUUCUUUUUAAAAAAGAAUCUUAAUGUUUUAUAAUACAAAGUAAUGAAAAUGUGCAAAAGAAUUUCUUAGACAUUCAGUAAUGUACUUAGACUUUUGAAAAUUCAUGUGAUGGAUGCAGUAAUACAAUGCCCCUCCAAGUGCCUGUCUUAAUGACUUGUGUAGUUGAUGAACUGAUGUAAAUUUGUGUUUAUUUUUAUACAACUGAAUGAACUCUGUAUGAAAGUGAGGUACGGUUAAUAGCCACGCCUAUAUUCAACCAGAAUACUUGUGAAAUCAAUGUCCUUUUUUAAAAAGUAACUUUCAAGGUCUCUUUUUUACAAUAAACAUUUUUGAGUAAAAAGUAGUUACUC